AGGGCUGGGCUGGAGGCGGGAGUCCUUCUGAGCUCGCUCGGCGAAUACGACGAUGCUAAGCAGACGAGAGUGAAACGGGAGAAACGCGUCGGGAGGAGGAGAGCGCGAUGAAACAGACGCUACGGCCUCAUCAUAUUCGCGUCCACGUGCAGAGAGACAAGUUGUCCCGAACUCCCGCGGACGCAGCCAGAGAAUUAAUCACUCGCACCCUGUGCCCGAACUUGUGCGUACUUGAUGCUACUACCUCCUUCUCACACCCCAAGGGUUGGGUUGUCUUCUCCGCCCAUAAUCCGUCUUUGACCAGCCUACUCUGCCGUCACUGCUACGGCUGACCCACACUCGUUUCACGAAUCCUUUCGUUUGCCUUGACGGCCUCUUCUCAGUCUUUUCUCACCUAUAUGCACGCAGAUACUCGCUUCUCCAGAAGGCUCAAAGCGAGACAUGGCCAAAGUUUUGAGGCACGCGAACCAGCACUCAUUAAUCUACCGGUUCCGGUGCCGUCCAAUAUACCACUCCUAAGCCCGAUUAUUGACCCUCUCGUCGCUGGCAUACCCGCGUCAGACCUCAGCAACUUUCCCUCAAACCUCCCGCCAAUUUCGUCGCUGCCUCCGUUGAUUUCCUUGCCCCUCCCGACCCCGCAGCCACACUCGACCGCCCCCGCGCCUGAGUCCACAGCAGCGCCGACGAGUGAUCCCGCGACGCCUACGGCAACGCCUGUAAGCCCUUCUGGUCUUCCUAUCGACAUUUCUAUCGUAAUCCCAGCCCCUACGCUGCUGCCACUCCCUCUGCCACGACUAACGACUGCGCCUGCCUCCUCCCCUGCCACCUCUCCUCCGCCUGACUCUCCACCUACUGCUCCCGCUCCCGCACCCCCCGCGAAUACACUCACGUCUCAAUCUCCAGAACCUGCAUCUGCGCCAGAGCCUGCGCUCGACCCGCCUCCAUCGUCUUCAUCGUCUCCACAGGCGCGACCUCAAGUGCCACCUUUAUCUCCUCAGCCACCUCCUAAUACGAACGACGGGGGCAAGCCAGAUGCACCGAAAAGUACUUCCGCUCAGUUGGGAAGUAAUAGCAAUGGCAGUGCUGCUGAGCAAGGAGACAAUCGGACAACUGGGGCUGCAUCAAACGACGCGUCUCCGACCGCGUCGCUGCCUAACCCACAGCCGUCUUCUGCUGCCGUCAAUACUUCGACGUCCGUGCCAAUAUCACAGCCUGUAUUCAUCAGCGCUUCGAGUAUCAUCUUGCCUACUUUCUCGUUAAGUGGUACUGCACCUAUCCACAACCUGACUUUGCCAGACGGACAGCCGGUACCUGUGCCCACCCAGAACGCUGUCGCAAACCCCGGCGGCGGUUCCGCAACGCAAAGUAGCAUUGAUGCUGCCAAUUUAUUCCCCGAAACCUCGACGGUCGUGACCUUUACGGCCGCAGGCGCACUGGCCACCGGCUCUUCUGGCCCCGGCGGGACAUCUAACGGCAACGGAGGCCAGGGUGGAACAGUCCCUAACGGUAGUUCCGGGUCUGACUCUCACCAUGGUCUCUCGAUAACCGUCAUCGCAACCAUCGCAGUGCUCGCCUCGCUCUUUUCGCUAGCGCUCCUCUUCUUCUAUUGUCGCCGCCGGGCUGUAGCACAGAGACUUGCACGUCGCAAACAGUGGUUUCGUGGAGAGACAACCGGGCGCAGUACAACUGCCGUUUAUGGCUCUGCUUACUCUCGCCAGAAUUCUUCACCGUCCAUUCGCAGUAGCUUUGGCACGAGUUUCGAGCAUGAGCCUGACCCCUUCUCGAUGCAAUCUCUACCGCCUAUCCCGCAUACAUCUGAUUGGUCGCUGCUGAGCCCACCACAGAUGAUGCAGGCAGACACGCAUAUAAUCACCUUACCAGCCGCGGCUCCGACAGCCGCUUCACCGCCAUCGUCGACAUUACGCAGUGGGAGCAGUACGAGUUCAAACGGCUACGACACUGCUUCGAGCGGUCCCAGUGCCCUUGACACAUCCAUCAACGACUCAGAGCCGCAGAUUCUCCUUAUACCUGAACCGCAUACCAACGGCGAGCCUCUGACACCAAUCACCCCCCUCUCCGUACGACCCUUCACACCGACUGAGAGCUUCUCCUUCCCUAUGCCGCCGCGCCAGUCCUCUUCGGUCUUUCCGCCUCCCCGCACGUGCUCCACCUCUCCCGACUCGCUCGCGACAUCCGAGUACGCGACGGCGCGGUCGCUCUCGCCCGCCGUCGACCCAUUCGCGGACCCCUCUGCUGCUGCACCUGCAGACAGCGACGCGGGGCACAGCGCGGCCGAGAAUGAGGAGGCGUCGUUCCUGACCGCAGACUCGGCCACCGUGUACUUCGCCGCGGUCGAGGUCGUCCGCCGGCCGUUCGUGCCCAGCCAGGGGGACGAGAUGGCAGUUGAGCCCGGCGAUCGCGUCCGCGUGCUUAGGCGGUACGACGACGGGUGGGCCUACGCCGAGAACGUGGGCACCGCCGCGCGCGGGCUGUUCCCGAUUGACUGCCUGCGCCUGCCGCACCAGGAUCUCGGCGAGUUCUUGGGAGAGAAGAGGCUGAGUGCGUAUGGUGCCGUCCAUGUCCCAUCCAGGGCGAUUUUGCACUAGCACGUGGCACAGGAGGUUCAUGAUAUGCAAAGCGAUUCUUUGCUUUUGGACUGGUGAGCUGUCUUCAAGCUGCGCAUGGCUGUCGUGCUGACGGACCCUACAGACAUUGCUACUCUUGGCAUACAAACACGCUUGCCUUCCUAGCUAAUUUAUGUCCUCAUCUAUACUUGUCUCUUAAUCCGUUACUUCUGUGUGUAUGCUUAAUUUGUUGUACAGUUUUUCCUGUGCCGCUCGUCGUGUACUUGGUGUAGUACGGCAGUCCGAGUCCCUCCCCUGCAUUCCUUCCCGACUCACCACACUUUCUCUUCUAGUACACUACCUACUCUUGCUUCGUAUACUCGGCUUGCGUUUUUUUGACUCUAACUUCCUGUAUAUGCUUCUGUUUGAGGCGCUGCUGUAAACUAGCGCACUGAUACCCUUUGCCAUUCUUUGCGCAAAUUGAAUGCAGUGGCCGAUUUGUGGACACCUGAGAAACGGUUUCACAGCCAGCAACGAUCUCAUCAAGGACGCGCACGCACAUCUACACAUAUAUAUACGAGGGAUCGUCGGACUAGCUCGCCAUCUACAGUGUACCCGGCGAUGGACGCCACAAAGGCGGACUGAAAUAGCCGCCUCACGGUUAUGCAGUACCCAGACUGAUACCCUUUGCUAUUCUUUCUGCAGAUGAAAUGCAGCCUUUCCUGCGUACCCUGAAUCAGGUCUGAGUCGCUGCUCUGGGGUUCGGCGCUGCCGGUGAACGGCGGUAAUGUCGAUGUCGAUAUAUGGCCGCCU